GUUCCCCACAAUCUCGCACUUCUCCCAACAAAGAGUGAAAGAUGGCUAAUAAUUUUUCAUGCCUCCUUAUUCUCUUUGCUCUUUCUCUUCUCACACCUUUUUUUGUUUCCUCCUCUAAGGUUCAAGACCCGGAACUAGUUGUACAAGAAGUACAAAGGAGCAUCUAUAAUGCCUCUAGUAGAAGAAGCUUGGGAUAUCUAUCAUGUGGAUCUGGUAACCCCAUUGACGAUUGUUGGAGAUGUGACUCGAAUUGGGAGAACAACCGGCAACGGCUAGCCGAUUGCGCCAUCGGGUUCGGGAAGGACGCCAUGGGAGGAAGAAAUGGUAGAAUCUAUGUGGUGAGUGACCCUGGUGAUGAUGACCCAGUGAACCCAAGGCCAGGAACUAUAAGGCAUGCUGCAAUUCAAGAUGAACCACUUUGGAUCAUUUUCCAGAGAGAUAUGGUCAUCAAUUUGAAGGAAGAGCUUUUGGUAAAUUCCUUCAAGACAAUUGAUGGAAGGGGUGCUAGUGUUCACAUUGCUGGUGGGGGAUGCAUCACCAUACAUUAUGUGAGCAACAUCAUCAUACAUGGGAUUCACAUCCAUGAUUGCAAGCCAACAGGGAACACAAACAUUAGAGACUCACCAGAACAUUCUGGGUUUUGGACGGUCUCAGAUGGUGAUGGAGUGUCCAUAUUUAACUCAAAGCAUAUAUGGGUUGAUCAUUGCUCCUUGUCUAAUUGCCGUGAUGGUCUCAUUGAUGCCAUUCAUGGAUCCACAGCUAUAACCAUCUCCAACAACUACAUGACUCAUCAUGAUAAGGUCAUGCUUUUGGGACACAGUGAUUCCUACACACAAGACAAGGACAUGCAGGUCACCAUUGCAUUCAAUCAUUUUGGUGAAGGCCUUGUCCAAAGAAUGCCAAGGUGUAGACACGGUUAUUUCCAUGUGGUGAACAACGACUAUACACACUGGGAAAUGUAUGCAAUUGGAGGCAGUGCAAAUCCUACCAUCAACAGCCAAGGCAACCGUUUUCUUGCACCGGAUAACCGUUUCAGCAAGGAAGUAACGAAGCACGAAGACGCGCCGCAGAGCGAGUGGGCCAACUGGAACUGGAGGUCAGAGGGAGACCUCUUCUUGAAUGGAGCAUUCUUCAGGGCGUCCGGCGCCGGUGCUUCUUCCGGCAGCUACGCUCGAGCGUCCAGCCUCAGCGCAAGACCUUCUUCUCUCGUUGGUUCCAUAACUACCACUGCCGGUGCGCUUAACUGUCGCAAGGGGUCACGCUGUUGAUUUACUCUAAGCGGACCUACCAGAGUAUAAUUAUAAUUUAUUCUCAGAGCACCUAAGAAUUUCAUCUCUAUUAAAAAAAAGUGAUUAAUUAUGAGAUGUUGUGCUUCCCCUGCAGUUUACACCUAACUAAUUUCAAGUUUUCAACAUCUCCUUUUGCUUUUCAAAUGGAUAUGUAUGUGUAUUGCUUUUGGAAUGCAAAGAAAGUGCAGUUAUUAGUGUUGUUUUAA